CAACGACGCACUGGGGUCAUUUGUGAUUUGGGCAUGCUACGCAAGUAGGAAUUGAGAUUGGAAAGCAACGACUAACCCUCCGACACUCAGGUUUUGACUACUUUUGAGGUGAUUAUUUGGCACUUCUUUCCGGAGUUUGGUCCAAGAGCUGGGAUUGUCAUGACUGGAAGAGGCAAAGGGGGCAAGGCCAAAGCCAUGGGAGCCAAGCCACGCAGUCGCUCCAACCGGGCAGGGCUGCAGUUCCCCGUGGGCCGGGUCCACCGGUUCAUGCGCAAGGGACGGUACAGCGAUCGUAUUGGGGCCGGGGCCCCCGUCUACAUGGCGGCCGUGCUGGAGUACCUGGUAGCUGAGAUCCUCGAGUUGGCCGGCAACGCAGCUCGGGACAACAAGAAGACUCGAAUCAACCCCCGUCACUUGCAGCUGGCCAUCCGGAACGACGAGGAGUUGAACAAGAUGAUGUCCGGAGUGACCAUCGCACAGGGAGGGGUGCUGCCCAACAUCCAGUCCGUUCUUCUACCGGCCACCAGCAAGGCCAACAAGGCGGCCAAAGCCCUGGCAGCACAGAGCCAGGAGUACUGAUAACUCAUCGGGGAUACCUGGCCAAAUUCCUCCCAGACUUUUGGAGGUUCUGACCGGAAGAGCUGGUCUACAAGACUACAACUGCGCUUGGGAACAACUGAGUCGUGAGACAUUUUUCCCAAGGUAUGUAGAAGUAUCGACGGGUUGCUGCCGACCUCUGUUACGAGUGAACAGAAGACGUUGAGAAGAGAUUACUUGAUUAAUUUCCUGGUUCAAGAACUGUUGAGCUAGAAUCCAUAUUCGUCUUGCGUCACAACAUACUUUCGACAAUAGAAAAGUCAUGCAUUUUGUAUUAUGUUUGAAUCUAGCUAUGGUAUAGAUAAUUUAAAAGAUGUUAUUGAAAACCUCAUUUGCAAAGGAAUAAAGUUAAUUCCUUUUGAUUAUCAGUGUUAAAAAAAACACCACAGCUUUAUGUUUUGCUGUACUGACCAUCAUGUUGCGGCCAUCUUGAUUUUUCCCAUUCAAUCAACGUAACCAAAGCGAGGCUGGAAGGAAAAUAGUCUAGUUCCUUUUUGCACAAACAAAAUAUCAUUCAGUACUGUUAUUGGAUACAGGGAACAUGACUGAAAUGGUGGCAGCAUGGUAAAGGUAUAUUGUGGAUAUCGCAGACUACAUAGUACAGUUUAUAUUUUACCAACAUAAAAACCAGUGUUUAUUGAAUAAAAAAAUGAGUGUUUAAAGUGUUUACAUGUAUUUAAAACAUGAGCCAGAUGAGACGAGUCAUGAAAAUUUUGAUAAAUAAGGCUCACCCACUUUCCAAGGAAAACAUUCCUCCUUCGUCGCCAAUGUCUGCUCCUGUCUCGUUUUGACAGCUUUAAUUUAUUGGAGAACAUAGGCUUUAUACACUAGAGUAGUCUAUAGUACACAAGAAAUAAUACCAAAAAAACCUCGCUAUAAUUAAAGAUUCCAAGUGUAAAAGCCCCAUUUUUACUGGGUUGAUUGGAUAACGUCUUCAUAGCGUUAGCCUUGGAUGGAUGGCACUGAGGAUUCGCCUCGUCUCUGUCGCUACGUUAUAACCUAAAAUCAACACAGUUUAUUCAAGUGGCUGUCACUUGUCAAUUAUCAUUCUCCAGUCUCUCGUCUGAUACUCCUCAGUAGAGUUUGUUUUCCUUCUUGGAUCGAUGUAGCAAAUUUCAAAGGAUUAUUUACUUUUGGCCAUUUCUGGUUGGAACUAAAACCAAUAUAAAUGGCGGGUUUUUUUGGGGGGGGGGGGUGUUGGGGGGCGAUCGUGCUUCUCACAAUGAUCCGAACAUUAAUGUAUGUUUAUUUUGUGUGGAACAUAUGUAAAAAAAGAUUUUCUUUAUUCAUUAAACAAUGCUUUUGGUUUUAGAUGAUAGUUAUUGUCUACUAAAUUUAUUUUGUUGUCGAGCUGUAAUGACUUUUUCAUGUUGGUUAUUUU